CUCCGUCGCUCUCCAUGUACGACUGAUCUACCAUCUCCGAUCGAACGACCGCCGUCCACCUUUCCGGUCACUCAAUACAAUUACUCACUUAUUUAGGGUUUGUAUAUCUUUUCUAGAUAUUUAACCACAACGAGCGGCUCUUCCUCGGUUGGGUUUUGUUCUCUUCCUUCUUUCAUCAGGUGUUGUUAUAUUAAUCUAAGAUGAACAACAACAACGAUUCCAACUCCCAAACUCCUACAAACCACCCAGCAUCAGACCCAACCCCAAUCUGGAAUUCCAUUUUCCAAAUGGUACAAUCGGGCAUAGACCCAAGGGUUUUUGCUAGCAAUCCAGCAAUGUUACAGACCUUUCUACACAGUCAACAACAUUAUCUAAAUCCCCCACUUGUAGAACUAUCCUCACCAACACCUACCCCAAUUAGCACUCAAUGUCAGCCUACCACAUUCCCUUCUCAAGUCCAAUCCACACCUUCAGUGCAAACCGUAGCAGGGCCAUCGAAACGCACAAAAAAAAGUAGGACUCAGAACGACGAAAGAACUCCGCGGCCUCCUAACUGGAAGAUGGAGGAGGAUAUUGAUUUGUGCAAAUCUUGGGUCAAGAUUAGUACUGACCCAACUGUUGGGACAAGUCAAGACAAGGUUUCAUUCUGGUUGAGAGUUUGGGAGGAUUUUGUGAGCAGAAGAGAUGGGGAUAGGUCUAGAAAUGAGCAGGCUUGUGAAAGUAGAUGGGGUCUCUUUCACCCUUGGGUUACAAAAUGGACAGCCAUAUGGAAACAAAGCAUGGAGUUCAAACCUAGUGGGUUCACCAUACAAGAUCAGGAGCGGUCUGCUAGAUCACUAUUCCUACGUACAUAUAACCAAAACUUCAAGUAUGAGCAUUGUUGGCUGAUUCUCAGGGACUGCUACAAAUGGCAGACGUAUAGCGCAGAUAGUAAGGCUGGUCAUGAACUAGGUAUAAAGAAGAAUGCCACAUGUGAAGAUCCUAUGGCGAUGAAUGAUUUUGGAGUUAACCAGGGCGGUUCGUCUGGGUUGAAUGUAAAUCAAACCCCCUUGUUUGAGACACCAUUGAGUAUCCCUCAUGGCACUACUUUAAAUGAUGCUGAUUCUCCUUUCCAAGCAUCAAAUGGCGAUGAUGCUAAUGUCAUUGAAAGACCGAUUGGCUCCAAAUCUGCUAAGAGUGCUCGGCUACGGAAGAGGGGCGGGAAGACCGACUCUUCUGGUUCUGUGAGUGAUAGUAUCAAUGCUGGCUUUAAGGGGAUGAUGGAGAACCACCAUCGUAACUGGAGCAGCUAUAUGCGAAGCAUGGAAGAGCAUAGGCUUAAAAAAGAGGAAGAGGAACGACGUUGGGAUGCUGAAGAGCGGGAGAAAUUUGAUGAGGAUAGGUUAUUGUCUAUGGUUGCUAAGAAGUCCAUGAUUUAUAAAAACAGGGCAACCAUCAGUUCAACACUAAUCAAUACACGAAGACAACUUCGAGCAUUGAAUCAAUCUAAUCCCAUGAACAAUGAUGAGCUCGAAGAGUAUGAACAACUCAAACAGCUUGUUCAAGAUCUGGAAUCUCAGCUUGAAGAACUUCGACAAGUGGAUACGAUGGAUCCUGUGAGUCCUUCGCGUGUUGCUGGUGGGCGUGGAAAGCGCGCUGCUACAUCAGACGUUGCACGCAGGAGGAUCAGCGAUGAAGAUUGGCUGGAUUUAUCAAGUGGCUGAUUUUGCUAUGCUUGCUGAUCAAGUGGAUGGGUAAUUCAUUGUUGAAAUGGGUUAUCUAUACCUGCUGUUUGCUAAACUAAUAAGUUAGUUGGACUUAUGAAUGUUAUGUUUCGAAUUUAGUAUCAAUGAUGGAUAUCUGUUUAUUUUAUUUAAAAUAUUGUAGUUUCAUUUUGAUUGAUUUAGAGGUAAUGUAUGGGACAUGGGACAUCUUUAAGAUUGAAGUGUACCACUAUGUUCUUACAUUGGAUACAUUUUUCCUA